AAACUUCCCCCAGCUCUCCAACACCAACAUUUUCAAAAAAGCUUUCUAUUCCAAAAAUAAUCGAAAGCUUCGACGUUGAAAUCCACAAAUCUGAAAAUAGAAAAUGGGUAUUUGUAGUUCUUGCGAUUCGACUCACGUAGCAACUGCCAAGCUGAUUCUCCAUGAUGGGCGGUUACAAGAGUUUCCUUACCCCGUCAAGGCUUCUUACGUUUUGCAGAAGAAUCCCAUGUGUUUCAUCUGCAACGCCGAUGAGAUGGACUUCGAUGACUUCGUAUCCGCCAUCGAGGAAGACGAGGAGCUUCAACCCGGUCAACUUUACUUCGCUUUGCCCUUGAGUUGGCUCAACCAUCCUUUACAAGCUGAGGAAAUGGCUGCAUUGGCCGUCAAAGCCAGCUCCGCUUUGAUGAAAACCACCGCCUCUGAAAAAUGCAGGCGCGGGAGUAAGGCGGUUACCCCUUUCGCGUUUUCUGUAGGGUCUCCUCGCCGGAAGGUUUCACCCGCCGCCGGUGCUGGUGGUGGGAAGGGCGGGGAGAAAAGAGGGAGAGUAGGGAGAGGGAAGUUCAAGGCUGUGUUGAGUUCUAUCCCUGAAUAGAGAUGAGGGUGGUAUAAAUGUAAAUAUGUAAAAAUGGGAGGGACUUGUUAGUGAAAUCAUUGGUAGAAUGGAUCCUCAUUGUGGAUGUGAUUAGCUUAAAAAGACGAGAGCUCUAGUGUUUCAUUACGUUGCCCGUUUGCCCAAGUGAGGGCCGUGUUACAAUUUUACCCCUAUUUGGGUCAAAAACGAAUUUUACACAAGAUUCAAUCAUACUA